AUGCUCUCACCUUCCCGAUAUGAGUCUCGUCCUCGCCCUCAACGCCCGAGUCGGUCUGAACAGGAAAGCUUUGCGUAUUUCUUCCCGGAGGACCACGAGCCUGCCACCCGGCCCGGUCCUUCCCCGGUGUGGCCCACUCCCUCUGGGCUGAGCGAGCACCAGGCCAGGGCCCGCUGUGGGGAGACUCUGGGAAAUUCCAGCUUGGCCCUCAGCUGCUCGAGGCUGCUCCCUGACUGGGUCUUGGCUCGGGUCGUGGAGAUGUGCGUGUCCGACCUGCAGCUCAAAGAUGACGAGUCCUGGAUGAACGCCACGCUGCCCCUGCUGGAGAACGAGUGCGAGCGCAAGCUGCUGGAGCAGAAGAGGAAGGAGGAGUAUCCCGAGGUCCUCGCUAUCCUCAGGUGCCCCGGUCUCUGCAAUGGGAACGGCCAGUGCUCUCCGAGGGGGUGUGAGUGCUUUCCAGGCUUUGGCUCGUACGACUGCAGCGCUCUGUCUGACCAGGUCCCAGAGAUGGUGGAACUGCAGAGAGCUGUGUGUGACGUUCAUCAGGACGACUGCAGCAGUGUGAGAGUGAGAGGACACGGCUUCAGAAACUCCCGCGGGCUCCAGUGUGAGUUCGUUCAAGAACAGUCUGCGGGGGGUGAGUGGGUGCUGGGGGAGCCGCAGUUGGUCCGGGCCUUCUUCCUGGACACCACAGUUCUGCGCUGCCAGCUCCCCCUACAGGACAGCUGGAGCGCUGCGGCCCAGCAGGCAGCAGGAGCAGCAUCCAGGCGACCACAGGAGCGUUGGCAGAUCCGAGUGUCCAAUGACGGCUACAGCUACAGUAACGCCAAGAUCCUGACCCUUUAUAAUGGAACGUGCCACAUUUGCAGGAGUGCCAGUGCGGAGGUCCUCUGCUCACUCAAGGAGAAAAAAUGCUUCAUCAAUGGUGUUUGCUACAGUGAAGGAGAGAGGAGUCCCAGCAGCAGCUGUCUCUCCUGCCUCCCAGAGACCUCCCCUCUCACCUGGUCCACUGCAGAUAAGAACAGCCCCCCGGUGUUCCAGCCGCUGCCCGCUCUGCUGCACUCCUUCCCUGGGCAGACUGUGAGGUUUCAGCUGGAGGCUCUGGACCCUGAAGGCUCCGAUCUGGUCUUCAGUCUGGACUCUGGUCCAAAGGGUUCCUCUGUGACCCCUGAGGGUCUCCUCAUGUGGAGGUCCUCAGAGAGCUCCAUAGACACACACACAUUCAGGGUGACUGUGAGGGACCACUGCGGGGCACACACGGCAGCCUCCAUACAGGUGUCCGUACUCCCAUGUGGCUGUCUGAACGGGGGCUCGUGCCUGGCCUCCCUGCUCCCCCCUGCAGAUGUGGCCCUGCUGUGUGCCUGUCCUGAAGGCUUCAGGGGCCCCCGCUGUGAGGAGGAUGUGGACGACUGCAAGCCCAACCCCUGCAGAUAUGCACGCUGCAUCGAUGGCCCCAACUCAUUCUCCUGCGUCUGCCCUCCAGGGAUGACCGGGCAUACAUGCAGAGAGGACGUGGACGAAUGCCUCUCUCAGCCGUGUUUCCCUGCAGUGAGCUGUGACAACACUCUGGGCUCUUUCACCUGCGGACUCUGCCCCAAAGGAUUUACUGGGGACGGGAGAAACUGCACAUGGGGGGCACAGCUUCCAAAAACACCUGUGUCGUCCAGACUGUCUCCCCCGUCUCCCCCCUCGCCCUGCAGCAGGAGGCCCUGCCACCCUGGUGUGCAGUGCUUUGAGAGUGUUCAUGUUUCGACUGGAUUUGUCUGUGGGCCCUGUCCUCACGGGCUUCAGGGGAAUGGACGAAUCUGCAGGAGAGCGAACCCAGACUCAACGGCGAGUCUGUCUGACCUCUUCCAAGUCCAAAGACACAACCCGCUCGCUCCCACCAGCCUUGUGCGCUUCAGUCCCCAGCCCGAGCGGAGACCCAAGCCCCAGGGAAGGAACCAGACUGUAGCCCUCUCUCCCAGCAGCCACAGUCCCCAGCUGAGCCCUGAGCUGGCCACUAGGGGGAGGUGGAGGAGCUGUGCGGACACCACCUGUUUCCCAGGAGUCCCCUGUGAGACCACCUCCACCGGGAGGGUCCAGUGUGGCCCCUGUCCACCUGGGUAUGGAGGCGACGGAGAGACGUGUGAAGCCGUCUGCAAGUAUCCGUGUGGGAAAAAUCAGAAGUGCUCUUUACCAAACACCUGCACAUGUAAGAAAGGCUUCACCGGAUACGGCUGCCAUAUUGCGGUAUGUCGUCCAGACUGCAAGAACCAGGGCCGUUGUGUGAGGCCCAGUGUGUGUCAGUGUCCUGCAGGAUACACAGGAGCCACAUGUGAACAAGCACACUGUGAGCCGCCCUGUCAGCACGGAGGGACCUGCGCCUCCAGGAACCACUGCACCUGCCCUUACGGAUACAUGGGUCCUACAUGUGACAUCAUGGUGUGUGUCCGACCCUGUGAACACGGAGGUGAGUGUGUGUCUGCCGACGUGUGCAGCUGUAAACCUGGCUGGUCUGGUCCCACGUGUGCGACAGCUGUGUGUGACCCACCCUGCUCUAAUGGAGGGACCUGCAUCAGACCCGACUACUGUGUGUGCUUCGCUGGAUUCUACGGCGCGCGCUGCCAGAUCGCUGUCUGUAACCCGCCUUGUAAAAAUGGAGGCCAGUGCAUAAGGAACAAUGUGUGCUGGUGUCCGGGGGGCUACACGGGGAGGAGGUGCCAGCAGAGUGUGUGUGAGCCUGCCUGCAUGAACCGAGCCAAGUGUGUGGGACCCAACCUCUGCUCCUGCGCGUCCGGCUGGAGUGGUGAAAAGUGCGACACUCUUGCCUUUCCCUGUGUGCUGCUGUUCUCUCCCUUCUGCUUAUGUGUGAAGGUGCUGUGGGCGUGCCCUGGAGGAGGAUGGUGCAUGAUUGGUGGAGUGGAGGCAAAUUGGGAAGGAGAGUAUUUAAACGGGGAGUGUCUUGGGCGGCUCUCUCUCUUAGGUGCCAGAAGCUGCCAGGUGGUAGCCUAA